UAUCCAUACAGGAUCAUAUCCAUACAUACAUAAUUGUAUAUAUAUAUUAUAUAUACAUUAUCGUAUCAACACAUGAUCAUGCCCUUACAUGAUAAUAACCAUACACAAUGGUAUCCAUACAUAAUCAUAUCCAUACAUAGUCAAACUAUACAUUAUCAUAUCCAUACAUUAUCAUAUCCAUACAUUAUCAUAUCCAUACAUAGUCAAACUAUACAUUAUCAUAUCCAUACAUUAUCAUAUCCAUACAUAGUCAAACUAUACAUUAUCAUAUCCAUACAUAGUCAAACUAUACAUUAUCAUAUCCAUACAUUAUCAUAUCCAUACAUGAUCAUGACCUUACAUGAUCACAUCCAUACAUUAUCAUAUCCAUACAUGACCAUAUUCAUUUAGGAUCAUAUCCAAACAUGAUCAUGAACGUACAGGAUCACCUUCUUAAAGGGUCAUUCUUAUACCACAAGAAUUAUAUUGUUCGAAUAUUGGUUAAACGUUUCGUAAAGGGGCGUUACGUUAAGGCUAAGUGUGUCCGUUUUAAGUCGAGUGUUUCCAACAAUUGUUUUUGUUCUCAUAACAAUGUUGAUGGACAUAUGGUGGAUAAUGAACUUUUAGUUUUCAUUUGUAUAAAUAUCGUCGAUUAAAAAUAAGAUAGCUUAGUAACAAAAUUGUUUAAAUGUCCAUUAUUAAUUACGGUUAAUAAAGGUUGUAGAUACCGGGCCAAGCUUUUUGUCCUUCCGUCCGAUGGUUGUUAACAUUGAGUUUCUGUUUUUAUUUUUCCUUUAUUAUUUAUGAUUUCAAUAAAUUAAGUCCUAUUCUCGCUUAUCGCCUAACACACAAUAAAGUAAAACGGUAUAAAUCAUUGUUCAAUAGGUUUAUGAAAUGAUAAAUCAUAAUCUAUAAACUGUUUAAUUCUGCUGUAUUGGAUCGUGCAUUAUGCGUUUUCAAUUGUCAAACCAGGUAAAACUAGGUUAAAUGUUUAAUCUGUUAAAUUUAUAUGACUGAAAAUGCUUGAAUGUUGUAGGAAUAUGCGGACAAUGCGAUUUCCAUUUCAACGUACUAUUAAAUGGAUUUGUUAAAAGAUUUUGGAUUUUGUUCAGAAAAACUCAUGUAAUAUCUUUUAUAACAAAUCUAUUAUCAUUUGAGUCGUCUUAAUUAAUUAUAAUAGCAGAUGUAAAGUAAGAUUAAAAAUAUAUCCUUUCCCGGGAUUCGAACCGAGACAUUUAAAAGAUAGAGCGCUACCAAUGCGCCUCGUAUGCUGUAAUUAUUGGCGGCGAAUUAUAAACCCUAUAUAAGUAAUACAUGUAUUUUCCAAAUUAUUGUGGACAAGCGUUUUAAAUGCAUCAUUAUUUACCGAUUUGCAAUAAUGAUUAUUAAUUAAUUUACCAAAGAUUUGAACAUUGUUCAUGGUCAUCAGUUUAUUUCGCGUGUUUAAGCAUAAUGUAUACCCUUUUUUUAAUCUAUGCCAUUUUUUGAAAUCUUCAUUUUUACACGACCAUUUAAGGCUGCUGAAACAAUUUGUAUGCUACGCUGGUUUGUAUGGCACCACUGCUAUCUUUGAUCACAAGCCUUGACGGGAUUAUAGGCCUAUUACCCACAUGCAUUAAGCCCAGUUUUCACAGAACGCGGCUCAAUGCCCCUUUUCAAUUGUUUUUGCGUUUAGUUUGCUGAUGCUGACAACACAUGUUGUAUGUCGACAAUGUUUCAAUCCGAUGUCAAGACUGCCGUUCAUUUUGAAAUUAUAUAAGAGUUAAGAGCGUAUUCUUGACAUUUGAACUCGGGUCUCGGCCAUUGCGCAAAAGUGCAAUUCGAAGGUCGAGACAUGUUAUUUUAAAAGUGCAGCAUGCAAGCUGCAUCAUUACGAUUGGCCUAUCAUAAACACAUUGACCCAUGACCUUUGACGUGUACAACCUUGACCUUAAAGAUAGGGAUACGGGUCUUACACUGGCCACGCCGUCAUGGGGAAGAUGUUGGUAAGAUAUUUUUUAAUUGCCUAUCGAAUAACGAAUGAACUAUCCAGAUAAGCCAUUUUAUGUCCAGGUUAAAUAUCAGUAUAUUUACGUAAAAUUACCACUGGACAUAACGCUAUGUGCACACAUCAUUAAAGCGCUUUAUUCAAAGCUUGUUAAAAUGACGAUUUUCAAGAUAAUGGUCACAGAUUCAAACAGAAUGCAUAAAUUAUGUUUAAACAACCGAAAAGAACUCCUGACUAAAAAAGUGUAUCAUCUGGGUUCUUAUAUGUAAAAUCGGCAUUAUAAAUCGUUAAAAUAACAACGUGUUUGUAACGCUUUUCAUCGAUAAUUUGGAAAUAUGUGUAUUGCUAACCUAUCGUUUAUGCUUCACUUUUAAACAUAAAAGCCAGCGUUGCGUGGUGGUAGCACACACGGUUUUGCUUCCACAGAGCCCGGAUUCGAAUCCCGACAGGAAAAAGAAUCUUUUAAAUUUAAAUCGCUUACUUGUUAUUGUUAUAAGUUAAAACAAUUUAAAACUGUAUAAAAUUAUUAGAAACCAUAUUUUAUGAAUUUAAAAAAAAAAUCGAAAAAUCGGUGAACAAGUCGCUGUAAUGUUAGAACGCGAGCUACGCGAUCUGAUAAUCAUUCCGAAUUAAUAUUCCAUAAUACCAGAUCUUGGCCGCGAUUGUGCCAUUAAAGUACCGAUACCCGAGAUAAAGAUCUUUAAAUAAAAGGAUUGGGGUGCGCGUAAAACACAAAGAGCAUUUUUAUAAUCGUUUUAAUAUCUCGGGAUUAAUUUCUAACAACAAAAGAGCCGUGUUUAUCGACAUACUAGUAAUUAAUUUAGGUUUCGAGAUAUAGAUUUGUGAUCGGCUUGUUGUAGUUAUUUUAUAUAAUGUAACGAAACAGCUAAAAUACGAAUUAUCAGAUACACUGGAUCUUAUUUGGUUGUUUUUGAUGGCAGUCAAUGUCAUGAAGUCUGAGUAGCGACAACCGGGAGACAGAAGUUAAGUUAGAAACAGAAUAAACCUGGGUGAACAUUGACUUAGUCUGAAACUAUCGACACAAACCGCAUCAUGACGGAGCCUAUAGGCUGGGCUAGCAUGCGCCAUUCGCUGCAUUACAAGACCGUCUUCCCCACUGUCCCGGAUGUCGGGAUGCAGGCCACACUGCACCGGAACUUGUCCAAGCGUCUGCAGCCGCGGGAAAUGAUCGAAAUCAACCAGCAAAACAUUGAAAUGGCGCGCCGGAUAUUGCAUCGACAGCGUGUAGCGCUUAAACUCUUUUCCGGAAGUCGACUCAAUCUGAAAGGUUCGACACCCCACGAGACGUCGUCGAGGCUUCAUCGGCAGCCGAUGCGUUCGAGCACUUGUCCGGACGGGUUCUAUCGUGAAAACUCGGAGACCUUUUCCAACAUGCGGUCAGAGGGGUCUACAUUGCUGACGGAAGCGUCUCUUUACGGACCGCCCAGAGAGUCUCUCACACGAGAGAGUCUUUUGCCUAACCUGUAUGGCAGAAAUAUGAGUACAAUACCGGGAAGUGCGCGUUCCAUAUUUUCCGAUCAAAACAUUUCAACAUAUGAUCCGGAGAAGGCACCGGACUCACGCGGGUACCUUGUGAAACUGAAACGUCCUAUCGUAUACAAAAAGAAGUACACAGAGGCGGAAGUGCAAAAUAUCGUGAGACGUCUUACGGACUAUGACCCGGAAACACACCCGGCGGAGUCUAAGGGGACGGUGCGUGACCGACCGGCAGUGGUGACUCAGGUACCCAGACAGAGCAUGAGCAGGAUUAAGAAAUGCACGGCGGAGGAAGUGCAGCAAAUUGUGGAGCGCCUGUAUUCGUUUGACAACUCAAAAUGGCCGCCUGAGUCGAGAGACAGAAAGCCACAGAUACAUCCGGGUCGGCCGCCGAGACAAAUUCAAACCGCUCCCGCUGGAGCAUCAAGACAACCGGGUAUCGUUGUUUCGGCGCCACCGCCUGUGAUACCGCAGAUUCAGACUUUGAGUUUCGAGGAGCUUGCAGCAGCGUCUCAAGGAGCGUCACAGCCGCCGCCGUCAGUUCCGGCCACCAUAUCGGAAGAGGAAGAACGAGAGGACCCGACGACAGAUACGUCAUAAGACAGAUCAAUGCGUGUGAGGAUCUUUGGAGAUACUAGUAACUGUGCAUGCACUGUUUUUAUGAUUGGUAAUGCGCAAAAUAGUUUUGUACAAUAACGUGACUAUUUACCCUAAAUACUGUCACACUGGCCUUUUUUAAGAGUAGAAGAGCAUAAAAUAGUGUUCCGUUGUGUUUGAUACAAACUGACCGAGUGUCAGACAGGAACCGUAUGUUAUGUUAUGUUCUGAUUCCGACGACAUGUCGAUAUUGACGUUGAGACAAUACGAAAGCGCACAGCGGGGAAAUCCGUCAGUCGUAUUAUUCCGACACUAAUCUCUUUUUUGUAUGUAGCACGUUUUAUUCCUGUACAUAUUAUGCAUUGUGUUAUGGUUUAAAAAAAAGCUGACGUGCGUGUAUAAGUAACUACUAUCAGAUGUGUGUUUUAGGGUCGAAUCAGUGUACACAUUUUUAACGGUAUAAUUGAAUGUAAUUUAAUAUGUAUAAUUAUGUUUUAAAUUAUAAUAUAUUAAUUCAAUUAAACUAAUUAAGAUGU